CAAGUUACAGAGCUUUGAGGAUGUUCUGGAUCAUGCAAUCACCUUCUGAUGGUUGCAAUCCUAAUGAAACUCUGAAUCUGUCGGUGAGACCAGAUCCCAUCGCUAUUACUGGUGAUCUCAUAGCUUGUGCUUACUUGAAUUUGUGGCAUCAAAGGAGAUGAAAGUUCUAAUAUCACAUGUUGUGCUCAAAGUUUACUGCAUGAAUGACUUAUUCAUGGAAGCGAAUUUACUCCUUGAGAAAACAUGCUGAAACAGGGAUCUAUAUGGAUGGAUGUACAAGAGAGCAAAUUCAAGGACAAGUCUACUGCUGCCAUGUCAACAUUUGGUGACAUUCUGUGCGUCCAAACUGCAUGUCCUCUUUCAUCCCUCCAGGCACCAUAAUUAUGGUGAAAAUGUGGGCCAAUACCAUCAGAUUCUGGGAACUCCUUUGUCAGAAAUCGUGGCUUGUGUGGAAGACAGAUUAAUAUCACAUCCAAGGAUGAUAGUGGUGGGGCUGGAACAAGAUCACACCCUCCCAUUUCAAACCAAAACCAAGUUGGGAAGAAGAAAUACACUGGCUGACUGCUGAUAAGAGCCUUGCAGUGCAGGUGAAUCAAUCGCUAUGUUUCAUGGAGACCUGCCAUACUCUUCAAAAGAUAUCAUCAAGAAGUUGGAGAUGGAAUUAAGAUAUUUUCAGCCAAACCGGAGUCCUAAUUGGUGGAUGAAUUCAAACAGAUGCAGCCAUAAAUCCUGGGAACAGCAGAGAUCCUCUCCUGGAUUCUAAGGGAAGGAUGAGUGGAAUUGACACAGCAAUAUUUACUCAGACAGGUAGAAGCCGGUCACACACAAGCACAUACUAGUGAAUGAGUUAAAGGAGCCGGCCCCACCCAGAUGCUGGUAGCUCAAUUGUGGCAUACAUUGGUGGUGAUUACAAACUUCACCAAAGGAUGCCUUUCGCUGUCAAUCUACAAGGAACACCAUUACCUGAUUGCAGCAGGUUUGGUCAAUAGAGCUGCUGAUGCUAACCUGUUAAAACUUUGAACAGGAGGCCCUGGCCAUGGCUGUCUAGUCAAGAUCAGAACCUCAAGUCUUUGUAGGUAGUUAUUUGGUGCAAAACCUUGUUGUUUUAGUUGCUGAGUAUAUGAGUGGACCGGUUGGAGAUCCAGUCAAUUGGGACAAAAGCAUGGGCAUCAAAAUGUUUGACAAAAGCAUGGGCAUCAAAAUGUUUGAUGACAUUGCAGGAGUUACUCAACCUCAAAGUGACACGCCAGAAUUUCACAGGAAAGGCUUGAAGUUUUUUCCUGCUCAAGAGUCGGAUGACCUUUACAUGGUGAUUGAUUGGGAUUCAGCUGCAGAGCAUGUCAUGACAUCUUGGACUCUUGAAAUGGAUUAUGCAAAUAAUAUUUCUUCAACUGAAGCUGAUAGAGGGCCCUCUGAUAUUGAAACCACUGGUUGCAUUGAUGAUGAGCUGGCUUCUAAUGGUAAGAGCAUUGGCAGUACAAACAGUGGGGCUUCUAAAGAAAAAGUUUCUAUUAAAGAAGCAAGGCCUAAAGCCUUGGGUGAACCUCUUGUGAAAAGCAGAUCUGAAAUUAUAUUGAGCGUCUACAAAGGUAUAUUACUCGUUGCUCAGGUACACUUGCACUCCCAUUUUGUUUGUUCAUGUAUCCGUUGUUACCUUUCAUGAUCCGUUUCUUUCCUAUGACCUUUUGAAAUUUGAUAUUCAUUGA